AUGCACUUUGUAGCUGGCUUUGUGUCAGUGCCACGCUUGUUGGAUCCUUUCCAUACGUUAUGGGAAUCCACAUCUGAAAGCAAAACAUCUUGCUAUGGAAGCUUGACGGCCUCAACAUCAUUUGUUUGCGCACCAAGUUUCCACCGUCAAAAUCCGUCUAGUACGCCAGCUUUUGAGCAUCUUUACUAUAUUUGGCAACAUUUUUGA